UGUGACAUGAAUGCUUCAAGAAUACUUUCUACGAAAGACUGUAGCCCAAUCUAUCUGGCCAUCUUCGUAAUAUGCGGUAUCCUCAUUACCAUCUGUAUACUUACCGAUAUGUGGAUUUUAAUCAUCUUAACGCUUCUUCUAGCACCUGCAUGCUGCAAUAAGCUGCCAAAGGUGACGCAGAGGGUGCAGCGUGAAGAAACGGGAACAGAGGCAGACACAGAGGGAAGAAUCACACAGUUAACAAGCGAUAGACCCGUAUACACGUCUACAUAUUUCAGUGCUCCUAACCCACCCUUAGAAGAACUCAGCGUCACAGGACUAGAAGGUCAGCGUGCAACGAAUCUGAGUGACCAUCAUCACCUUCCAACAGCCGAUCUUCCUCCGCCCUACUUCGCACUGGAGAAUGAGGCGACGGACCCAUCUCAGGGACCUCCGGCUUCGCUCUAUGUGAUUCGUCCGCCAAUGCUCGAGCCUCCCUCUUACCAAGAGGCAGUUCAGAUGUCGUAGGAUUCAUGAAUGCUGGACACUUAAAUUGUUGUUCAGUAUUUAUUUCGGCAAAAAAUGUACAAGAGUUUUCGUCCAAUAACAUACACAAAUACAAGUGCGAGGAGCUAACAGCAUUACACACACACACACAUACCCACACACACACACACACGCGCUACACACACACACACACACACACACACACACACACACACACACACACACACACACACACACACACACACACACACACACACACACACACACACACACACCACACACACACCACACACACACACAGACACACACAUAUAUGUGUGUAUAUAUUUAUGUAUGUAUGUUUAUAUGUAUGUAUAUGUAUAUCUAUAUAUGAAUAUCUAUCGCGACAUUCCUCUCUUUACCUUCUUUGCAUCUUAUCGUUUUAUCAUGGUUUCCUUUCCUUUGUCCCUUGGGUUAUAUUUUCUCUUUUAUAAGUUUGUGUAAUAAGCCACGUUAUUUGAUAUUUUAUCUAGUUUCAUUCAUUCAAAGGGUUCAGUUUUGCUGAUCCUCUAUUAAAUAUUUGUUUUCAUUUUUCACGCAUAUCACCACUCGUGUAAAUCAUACUAUAAAUACUAACUAUGCCUUCAACAUUAUCAAUAACAGUUGUUUGAUGUUAUAUAACAUAAAUAAAGACGAUCAGUUAACAAA